AUGGCUGCUCCUAUUACCUCAAGGACGGAAACUCUCCAGAAGUUUCUCAAGCUCGAUCAGAAGGGCAUGAUCAUGGCUGAAUACGUCUGGGUUGAUGCCGACGGUGGCACACGAUCCAAGUCCCGAACUCUGCCUGAGAAGGACUAUACCCCCGAGGAUCUUCCUGUCUGGAACUUUGAUGGUUCUUCAACCAACCAAGCUCCUGGCGAGAACUCCGAUGUUUACCUUCGCCCCUGCGCCGUUUACCCCGAUCCUUUCCGUGGCUCCCCCAACAUUAUCGUUCUCGCGGAGUGUUGGAAUGCUGAUGGCACUCCCAACAAGUUCAACUUCCGCCACGACUGCGUGAAGGUGAUGGAUCAAUAUGCUGACGAUGAGCCUUGGUUUGGUCUCGAGCAAGAGUACACUCUGCUUGGCAGUGAUGACCGACCUUACGGCUGGCCAGCUGGAGGUUUCCCUGCUCCGCAAGGCGAGUAUUACUGUGGUGUUGGUACUGGCAAGGUUGUCCAGCGUGAUAUCGUCGAAGCUCACUACAAGGCUUGCUUGUAUGCUGGUAUCAAAAUUUCCGGCACCAACGCUGAGGUCAUGCCUGCUCAGUGGGAGUAUCAAGUCGGCCCUUGUACUGGUAUCGAAACUAACCACCAAAUCUCAUCAGUGGGCGACCAACUUUGGAUUUCACGAUUUUUCUUACACCGUGUCGCCGAGGAAUUCGGCGCAAAGGUUUCUCUGCAUCCAAAGCCAAUCCAAGGUGAAUGGAACGGCGCAGGUCUUCACUCAAACUUCUCUACCAAGGCUAUGCGUGAGGAGGGCGGUAUGAAGAAGAUUGAGGAGGCACUAAAGAAGCUAGAGCCUCACCACGUUGAGUGUAUCGCUGAAUAUGGCGAGGACAAUGACUUGCGCCUGACUGGCCGCCACGAGACUGGUUCUAUCGACCAAUUCACAUGGGGUGUCGCCAACCGCGGCACAAGUAUUCGCGUACCCCGUGAAACUGCGGCCAAGGGCUAUGGUUACUUCGAGGACCGUCGCCCUGCUUCUAACGCCGACCCCUAUCGCGUUACCAAGGUUCUUCUUCAAUUUUCCAUGGCUUAG